AGAGAAGAACCUAGUGUAGAUCUGACUGAAGAACUAGAUGCCGUGGAAGCCUUCCAGACCUGCCAUACCAGCUCAAAAAAAGGCCUGACUGAACCGGCAAGGGAAGCACUUCUCCGUAUGGAAGCUCUGAGGUCUGAACCAGUUGCUGAAGGUGUGGCGCCAGCAUCCAGUGUGGAGGUCGUGUCCAAGGUGCUAUCCCAUAAUAGCUCACACCAGUUCAUGAAGAGUGUUGGCAUAAAAACUCCGGCAUCUUCCAAGUCAUCUUCAUCAAAUGAAAGCGAGCUUCGGGAACAACUCGCAGCUGAAGCGGCGGCUGCUGUUCAAGGAGAACUUGACGAGCUCAAGAAGAAAAGCCAAGAAGCUGAGGAAAAGCUAGCGAGGACACAGAUCGAGCUGGAGGAGUACAAGAAGCUAACAGAGAGGAACACCAAGGAGAUGGAGGAGAACAAUCUAAUCCUGAAGAAGCUAUUGUCCUUGCAUUCUAACGCUUCUUAGAUAUGAGGGCUGUUGGUCAGUGCUGUUGUGUUUGGCCUGUUCAUUUUGGGUACUCAGUAA